AUAUAUAUAUAUGUUGAGUGUUGAAAAACAAAAGAAAGUACCCUUUCUUUUCUUUUCCUUGCAAUUUGUGUGCUUAAAAACCAAGUAAAAGCACAAAUGAACAAAAACCCAAGAAAACAGAUAGAUAAAUGAUUACUAAUAAGCCAAUAGAAACCCUAAAAAAAACUUAAAGAAAGAAAAGAUUAGAAAAAGAAAGAGAGAUGGCGUGUGAUAACAAUGUCUCUGUCAAGGAUGAUAAUUUAAUAUUUGUACUGUGCUGACAGAGGAGAUAUGAAGCAGCUUUAUCGAUUCAUGCACUAUCGCCAUUUUGACAACGGUGAUGCUGGCCAUUUGCCUCCUGGCUUUAGGUUUCACCCAACUGACGAGGAGCUUAUUACUUACUAUCUUCUGAAGAAAGUUCUUGACAGUAACUUUACUGGUAGAGCUAUUGCUGAAGUGGAUCUUAACAAGUGUGAACCAUGGGAGCUUCCUGAGAAAGCAAAAAUGGGGGAGAAAGAAUGGUACUUCUUCAGCUUGAGAGAUAGGAAGUACCCAACUGGUCUUCGAACUAAUAGGGCUACUGAAGCUGGUUACUGGAAAGCUACUGGAAAAGAUAGGGAGAUUUACAGCUCAAAGACUUGUGCACUUGUUGGAAUGAAGAAGACUUUAGUGUUCUACAGAGGAAGAGCUCCUAAAGGAGAGAAAAGCAACUGGGUCAUGCAUGAGUAUCGUCUUGAAGGCAAAUUUGCUUACCAUUAUCUAUCACGUAGCUCCAAGGACGAGUGGGUUAUCUCCCGAGUGUUUCAGAAGAGUGGUGGUGCCACCACAAGCAGCAGCAGCAGCAAUGCCACCAAGAAAACCCGCUUCAACAAUAUCAAUCUCUACCCAGAAGCCAGCUCUCCCUCUUCAGUGUCUCUACCACCUCUUCUGGAUCCUACCACCACUACUACUGCCUCAACAACUGCUCUCAAUGACCGUGACAGCUGCUCUUUUGACAGCCAUUCCCAGCAUGAGCACGUGUCCUGUUUCUCCACCAUUGCAGCCGCUGCUUCUGCCGCUGCUAACCAGAACAACUUUGAUUUUGCUCCACCUCCACCAAGUCUGCCAGCUAUGGCUGAUCCAUUUGGAAGAUAUUCAAGAAACAUGGGGGUUUCUGCUUUCCCUAGCCUAAGGUCUCUGCAAGAAAAUCUUCAGCUUCCCUUCUUCUUCCAAUCACCAGCCCCAGCAAUGGCCACACCAUUCAGUGGAAGUGGCACCAAUCCCACGAACUGGAUGGCUGGCUCAGAAGACGGGGGGGCUGACGGUGGUGGUGGAAGGGUAUCAAUUGUUCCCACUGAGCUUGAUUGCAUGUGGACCUACUGAAUCUCUUAAUUAUUAUCCAUGAAAAUGUGUGUUGUAUGUAUGAGAGGUUGAAUUAUUUAGGCUUUCUGCAUGUAUUAUUAGGGCUAGCUGCUGCUGCUGCAUGUCUGUGUUAGGAUUUUCUGUUAUGUAUUAUGAUGAUGACUCUGCUAAUUAAUUGCUUAGAAAGUGACUUUUGUAAUAUGUGUUAUGGGGGCUAUCUAUGAAAGUUUCUAGGUUUCCUUUAA